CCAAUAUUUGGAUCUUGGAGCGUCUCCGAUGCUUGUGAGAUGACCAAAAGCCCCUUGAUAGCUUCGAGAACGCACCUGUCGCCGCCCCUACGAAAUAUUACAUUCGACUGCGUAGUUUCUGGUCUGACCGCCCUCGUCGAGCGUCCACAGAAUCUCUGCGUUCAGCCUAGCCGUCUCCCUCUCUGAGCAGUAGUAGAAUAAAUUGGGAAAGAACAUAUCCGUAGCUUUAUCGUUGUGCGCUUGCUAUCCGACGCACCUCGGGCUCUUUUUCGCGUGCCAGCCAUGCAAAACCUGAAUCGCAACAAGUAUAAGAUCACACUGACUGCUGUACUGCAAGAGGAACAUGAGUCGCCAUUUGCCUUGGAGGACUUCGAGAAAUUCGUAGCCAAAGAGCACUCGGAGGAAAAUCUAGAUUUUUGGAAUGCCGUGAAUGCAUAUCGGGUGAAAGCAUCGCGAGUCUUCCCCAACUGCCCGCCAACCCUUCGCGUUCGCCGACAAGGGUCCCACUCUUCCAUGCGAAGCAUCUCAGCCGCCUUCCAAUCCACAGCAUCACUGGGAAGCAAACACCUUUUGCACAGCACGUCAGAAGAAGCCCUACCAGAAAAAGAUGCCCAAGUCGACCCAGCAGAUCAGGAGAAAUUAAAAGACGAUAUUGAUGCGAUCGUAAAGACGUACCUACUGCCUGGCAGCGAGAAGGAGGUCAAUUUGCCUGCGCUCAUGAGGAAAAAGGUGCUGGCCGAAAUAACGGAGAAGAAGAAUUGGCAUCCAGAUGUUUUCAAGACUCCCCUAGAGCACGUAUAUACCAUCAUGAAAACAUCAACAUACCCAAAUUUCUACAAGCAAGCAUGUGCGUACUUGACGGAAAGAAAUCUGCCAUUUCCAGACCGUCGAAUCUCCGAAACCGGGGAAACGGAGUAUGAACGGGAGAGACAGAAUGGAGUGAGGGAUGAAGGCACUGUACAAUGAGGACGGAACCUGUGCACAACCGGAAGUUGCGGUGGAAUCCUUCCAUCGGGGUUGUUACUUUUCAUAACUUCAUAGACGCGAGGACUCCCUUCACUCGCUUACGGACUAUGAUCCCUUCAAAAUGGAAACUGCUUUUUCCCUCAUUCGCCUGUUUGUGG